CAGAGUCUUUCAUUAUUCACCAUCACUCAGUUCUGGCGCGUCUUUUGGAGUUUAGAACUGUGUAUUUUUUCUCCAUUUCUUUUUUCUAUCAAAUUUUCAAACUCUUUAUUUCGAAAUCGAGAAGCUAGGGUUAGGGUUCCGAUGGGGAGUAAGGUCAGCGACCACCACCUGUCCACCGUGAGAUCCAUCGUGGGUUCAGAAUUCUCCGACAUGGAAAUCAUCAGAGCCCUCCACAUGGCAAAAAACGACGUCAAUGCGGCCAUCAACAUCAUCUUGGACACUCACUCCGCCCCGAGAUUCAAUCUCACGCGCCCCAAGAAUCAACUUUCAGUCUCUCCUCCAAAACCCUCCCCUUCCACUCCUAUCGUCACCAAGCCUAGCUUCAGUGAACAACGCAUUGAUAAUAACAGUGAUGAUUGGUGGUUGGUGAAUUGCGGUGAAGUGACGGGUUUGUCCACGUGUAAAGGGAGGACUAUAAAUUCCGGUGAGACUGUGAUUUUCAAGUUUCCGUCAAAGAAAUUAUCCUCCCCCUCUACAGGAAAGGGGUUUGGACGGGCUGCGGCGUGUUCGGAGAUAGUUCGGUUCUCUACUGAACAAGCUGGGGAGAUUGGUAGAAUACCAAAGGAAUGGGCUCGGUGUCUUUUGCCUCUUGUGCGAGAUCAUAAGGUUAGGAUUGAGGGGAAGUGUAAAUUUGCUCCUCAAGUUUUGGGCAUCAUGGACUCCAUUAUUUUGUCAGUAAGUGUAUUUAUCAAUAGUUCAAUGUUUGCUAAGCAUCACCAGGUUUCUCUCAAGGAUGCUGCCAACUCGACGGAUGAAUCUGUGUUUCAUCCGCUGCCAACACUGUUUCGUUUGCUGGGUUUAAACCCUUUUAAAGAGGCAGAGUUAACUCCAGGCGAUUUCUAUUCCAACAAACGUCCUCUCAGUGAAAGGGUAACAUUACCACGUGCCAAGUUUGAGCAUCCUUCUCAAAAUGGCAAUGAGAAUGACAACGAGGAAUCUAUUUCUGAAAUUGAGGUUGAGAAUAUUGUUGGUGUUGGAUCAAGUGAAGAGUUAGAGGAAAUGGAUCCCCCUGCUAAUCUUCAGUGCAAUCUACGACCUUAUCAAAAGCAGGCACUUUAUUGGAUGAUCCAGAUGGAGAAGGGAAAAUGCAUGGAUGAGACUGCAACAACCCUCCAUCCAUGUUGGGAGGCAUAUCACCUUGCUGACAAGAGGGAGCUUAUCAUUUACUUGAAUGCAUUUUCUGGUGAAGCUACAAUAGAAUUUCCCAGCACCCUUCAAAUGGCCAGAGGAGGAAUUUUGGCAGAUGCUAUGGGGCUUGGAAAGACCAUCAUGACCAUAUCCCUUCUAGUUGCCCAUUCAGGAAAGGGUGAAUCAGUAGGCAAUCAACCCAUAGCCAAUUCUUUUACUGAAGUUGGUGAAGUUAGUGAUAAUGUGCACACUUUUUCAAACAUACCCAAGAAGGCAACCAAAAUUUCUGGUUUUGAUAAGCCAACAAAACAAAUGAACUCUCUAACAAGUGGUGGCAACUUGAUAAUAUGUCCGAUGACUCUUCUUGGGCAAUGGAAGGCAGAGAUUGAAACUCACGUGCACCCUGGAUCUCUUUCUCUAUAUGUUCACUACGGACAAAGUAGGCCAAAAGAUGCAAAAAGUCUCGCUCAGAAUGAUGUUGUAAUUACUACAUAUGGAAUUUUGGCCUCUGAAUUUUCCAGUGAGAAUGCAGAUGAUAAUGGUGGACUCUUCUCAAUUCGGUGGUUUAGAGUUGUUCUUGAUGAAGCACAUACCAUAAAAUCUUCUAAGAGCCAAGUUUCUGUUGCAGCUGCUGCUCUAAUUGCUGACAGACGUUGGUGUCUAACAGGCACACCAAUUCAGGUGGAAUAAACUUAUUCAGAAACCAUUUGAGGGUGGUGAUGAAAGAGGGCUCAAGUUAGUUCAAUCAAUUUUGAAGCCAAUUAUGUUGAGGAGAACUAAACAUAGUACAGAUCGAGAGGGCAAGCCCAUUUUAGUUCUGCCUCCAGCUGAUAUGCAGGUAAUUUACUGUGAACAGACAGAAGCUGAAAAUGACUUUUAUGGAGCUCUAUUCAAAAGAUCUAAGGUAAAGUUUGAUCAGUUUGUUGAGCAAGGACGAGUUCUUCAUAAUUAUGCUUCAAUAUUGGAGUUACUUUUACGUCUUCGGCAAUGUUGUGAUCAUCCAUUUCUUGUAAUGAGUCGAGGUGAUACUCAAGAUUUUGCGGAUCUAAACAAACUAGCUAAGCGCUUCCUUAGAGGAACAUAUAAUGCUUCGGAUGGUGAAGUAAAAGAGGCACCUUCACGGGCUUAUGUUCAAGAAGUUGUGGAGGAGCUACGUAAAGGGGAGCAAGGAGAGUGUCCAAUAUGCCUUGAAGCAUUUGAAGAUGCAGUAUUGACCCCUUGCGCUCACCGCUUAUGCAGGGAAUGCCUCUUGGCAAGUUUGCGAAAUGCUACUUCUGGCCUAUGUCCUGUUUGUAGGAAACCAGUCAACAGGCAGGAUCUAAUCACCGCCCCUACUGAGAAUCGGUUUCAGGUGGAUAUUGAGAAGAACUGGGUAGAAUCAUGCAAGGUAACUGCUCUUUUGAAUGAACUUCAAAAUCUUCGCUCAUCAGGCUCCAAAAGCAUUGUUUUCAGCCAGUGGACUGCUUUUCUAGACCUCUUGCAGAUCCCCUUCGCUCGGAAUAACAUUUCAUUUGUUCGUCUUGAUGGGACUCUGAAUCUGCAACAGCGGGAGAAAGUAAUCAAGCAAUUUUCAGAGGACAGCACGACUCUGGUGUUGUUAAUGUCACUAAAAGCUGGUGGAGUGGGUAUAAAUCUAACUGCAGCUUCUAAUGCUUUUGUCAUGGACCCAUGGUGGAAUCCAGCUGUUGAGGAACAAGCUGUUAUGCGUAUUCAUCGCAUUGGACAAACAAAGAAGGUGGCCAUUAAACGGUUUAUUGUGAAGGGGACCGUUGAGGAGAGAAUGGAAGCAGUACAAGCACGUAAACAACGAAUGAUUUCUGGUGCCUUGACUGAUCAAGAGGUUCGAAGUGCGCGCAUUGAGGAGUUAAAGAUGCUUUUUACUUAGACUAACGAGCAGUGCAAACAUCUUUGCUUGCACAAUUUUUGAUCCCUCUGGUCUUCUUUUGUUCUCAAGUGCUGGUGACUGCAAGGCACAUGUGACUUGUAACAUGAAGAUGCAUCUUUGGCUCGCAAUUUCCAUACCAAGAUCAAGAUUAAUGAAUAUCUUGAUCAACGCCAUUGUUGCAACUGGGUACAUAUGCUGUUGUUAUAAACGAGUCGAAAGGGAGGAAAUAGAGGGGCUUAUUUCCCUUUGUUUGAUAUUGUAAGUUGAAAAAUAAGGGAAACCCCCUUCAUGUUUGGACUGGGGUAGACUCUAAAAUUAAAUUUGUAAUAUAUUUCUUACUUUGUCAAUCUAAUUUCAUGUCCAGUGUUAUGUAAAUAGUUCAACAAUUUUGUAAUUGAAAAUGAAUGAAUCCCAAUUUGGAAGGAAAUAAUUCUUGAGUAUUACUUAUUCAUAA